AUGUGUAGCUACUCAAAAGUCGAAGAGUGUAUUCGCGACCCGGCUCUAGUGCGAGAACUGGGUGUCCUUAUUCGAGCACCUGGCCGUUGCGUAGCUUUUGACUCGGCCUACGUGGCCGUCACAACUCCGAGCGCCGCAAUUCCUAAUCGAUAUUACCCAACGUCUGUCAAUAACGCCUAUGAUGCUGGACCAUCGGCCAGGGUGACGAUAUGCUCUGUUGCACAGAGUCCCAGUACACGGGGCUGUCCGCACAGUCCCGAUAACAGUCUCUUUCUUGACGUCAACGAAGUUCGUAUCAUGGAAGGCGAUGAUGAGCAUCCUGAUACGGUAUUUCCUGCAAUUGAACAACUCACAUACUAUGUAGGCAAUGACUGGAUUCGUGACAUAUAUGACUUUUGCAAAGACGACAGCUCUUUUUCACUGCUGUGCAAUCCCAAUCAGAAUUGUCACGAUGGCUUUGGCCUGAUGGACUUUAUGGGAAGAUACUCUUUCAAUAGUAUUGGCUCUCCGCUUCAGAUAAACGUGACGACUAUGGACAAAUUACCAGAAGAGAUGCAAACGACUAAGUUUUGUCACUGUGACAGCCUAAAUAUGACUAAUUGUAUUCUUCCCAUGAACGAACAAAUGACAUCUUGUAUUGGCGUCUGCGGCUCACUGUGCGCCAUAAGCCCCAAUGAUGAUCGAACGUACAGCAAGUCUUGCUACGGUGCUAUCGAUACUGUGACUUCGGAUACUGAAGUCACUGGUCCUGAUUCGACAUGGGCCGACCUUGACAUUUUCCUGGCAUCGAACCUUCGUGUGAUCAAUUGGAUGCCACUCAACUACAUACUUGCAACUUUGGGUGCAGUCGUUUCCCUGUUUCUCACUGUGGGCUUCAUUGUUGCUGCCUAUCGCGAGCGUAGAUUGGACACGUCAGAUUCACACACCGGCACACCUCACAUUGGAUCGUACACAUCCGAGGCCUACGGGCAUUCCAGCACUGAACGCUUGAGUUUUAUGGACGAACUCAUGACAAAAAAGUUUCGUCUUUGGGCUGUCUUUGUCUCGACGGACAACCAGCCAAAAAAGAUCAUUCUGAUGAUUUGUUGCGUCAUCGCAAUUUGCGUCUUCGGCUUUUACAAUAUUGAGAUCGAAACCGAUCCGAUCAAAUUGUGGGUGUCUACGUCGAGUACUUCAUAUCAGGAGCGUCAGCAUUAUGGUGAGCUGUUUAACCCAUUCUACCGCAUUGAGCAGGUGAUUAUGGUGCCCAAGGAUGGAGGCACUAUUUACCGCUCUUCGAUUCUGAAGGAGGCGAUUCGCAUACAAAAUGCAGCGGCGGAUGUGGUUUAUACUUCUGCUAAUGAUGAAGAGAUAGUAACCUUGGACGAUAUAUGCUGGAAGGCAACUGGCACAGGCUGUACUGUCAACUCGAUCACUCAGUACUUUCAAAACAACAUGGAGCACUUCGAAUUUUAUGAAAAGUACGGCUUCGAGAUGGCGCACUUCAGCAACUGUCUCUACUCUCCAACAACGUCAGAUGUCGCACUUUGUACAGACCUGAAAAGUGUAUUGGAUGAUGGUGAUUCCCUUCCAUCUACAAUGAGCGAUUGCCCAUGUUUGUCGGCUUUCGGUUCUCCCAUGAACUUGUAUAAUACGUACCUUGGUGGGUUUCCUGAUGGUGCAGAAAGCAAUAACACGCUGUUUUUAGAUUCAGUGGCGCUUGUUUCGUCAUACUUAAUCUACAAUUAUGCUGACGACGCCAAGAAUGAUCCUGCAAUCAAGUGGGAGCGUGAGUACAUUAAAUCGAUGAAGAACGAGGCGAAGUCUAACACAGUGUUUAAUGUGUACUUUUUUGCUGAAAUCUCGGUUCAGGACGAGGUGGAUGCCGAAUCGAGCAACGGUAUGGGCCCCGUGGCGCUGAGUUACUGCUUGAUGAUUAUUUACAUUUCGCUCGGAAUUAAUCGUAUCAAGUUUAGCCGUGACUUUUUCAUAACAUCAAAGAUUGUGGCUGGCUUUUGUGGAGUGAUGUGUAUAGUCUGUGGAGUGGCGUCGACCAUCGGACUGUACAUGUGGUUUGGAGUCAAGCUCCAACUAAUCAUAAUGGAAGUAGUCCCUUUCCUAUCGCUUGCAAUUGGUGUUGAUAACAUCUUUCUCCUUAUCCACGCGAUGAGCGAGACGGAAGAUAGACUUCGACGUGAGAAGCCAGCUUUAUUCGUUGGUCUCGAGCAAAAGCCUAAGGCAAUUGAGCAAUUAACCACAACCAUCGUAUCCGAGAGUCUGGCGUACAUUGGCCCUAGUAUCUUUAUGGCCUCUGUGGCUGAAUCUGUGGCAUUUGCGUUCGGCUCAAUCUCAGCAAUGCCAGUUGUACUGUGGUUCGCAGCUAUGGCGUCUUGUGUCGUAGCAGUCAACUUUUGCUUUCAGAUGACCUUAUUCUUGUCAAUUCUCGUUCUAGACAAGCGCCGUGAGUUGAGCGGCAAGUACGACAUCAUUUUCAAGCGCUCGUCAGCAGCACCAUUAGCAUCAGCGGGUGGUCUUCAGACUCAGCAAACAGCAGCUCCUCUCGUGUCAUUGGAGUCCAAGACUCCUGGACCCGACGAAGCCUGCCGUUCGGUGACACCGGAAGAUCGCACACUAACUAAUUAUCUGGAUUAUUGUGUGGACACUUACGCAUCCGCCUUGACUAUUAAACCUGUCAAGCUGAUUGUGCUAUUGGCGUUUCUAUCAUGGACUUUGUGGUCAAUCUAUUCAAUACAGUCGUUGGACCAAGGGCUUCCACAGAAAGAAGCAAUGCCGUCUGACUCUUACAUGAUUGAAUACUUUGAUGCGCUGGACGUGUAUCUCGCAACUGGUGUACCUGUGUACUUUAUUGUUGAAGCGGGCUACGGACGAAAUCCAAGCACGUGGACACUAAACGAGGAGGCCGUGGAAACAAUCUUCUGCAAGUCAAAGGAUAUAUGUGACACCUAUUCGAUUCCUAACAUCAUGAAUGCACUGGCCAACACCGGCGACAAGGCUGUCACUCACAUCAGUCCCGGUUCAUCAUACUCGUGGAUGGACGAUUUUUGGGGCUUUGUUAAUCCUGACAGCGAGUGUUGUCGUGUGAAUUCCGACGGUGCAUACAUUCCAAUAAAGAGCGGAAAUGAUACGUAUGCGACUCUGCGGUCAGAAGCCGAUACAUGCCUGACGACGUCUGUAACCGUACCACCUGUACCAGAAGAUCAGUACAUGUCGCUUUUCAGCAUGUUUGCAACAGCUAGUGCCGGCUCUUCGUGCUCGUAUGGUGGAGGCUCCAUUUAUCGAGGACAGUUUAGUAUAGACAACAAACCGAUUCCAACGGUCACUGCUUCUACACAGGCGGUAAAGUUAAACAACGGAGGCUUCGGUGAAGAAAUCACAGCUUGGUCAUAUAUGGUGACAGGUACGUCAAACCCGACUCAACAGCACUAUAUCGACUCGUACAAACAAAACCUUGCUGCAGCCGAGUGGAUUAGUGAGAAGACUGGCGUGGAUGUCUGGGUAUACUCGCUCACGUAUGUGUACUUUGAGCAGUACUUGACCGUGAUCGAAGACGCCUACAGACUAAUCGGUCUUGCGCUCGCCGCCAUUUUUGUGGUCACAAUGGUUUAUCUGGGCAGUAUCUAUUAUGCGUUGGCAAUCGCACUGAUGGCUACAAACCUAGUUGUUCUUGUGCUGGGACUGAUGCAGCCAAUGGAAAUUAUGCUCAAUGGAUUGUCGAUUGUUAAUCUGAUCAUUGCGGCUGGUAUUGCGGUAGAGUUUAGCGGUCAUUACGUUCGAUUUUUUGCCAAGGCGCAAGGAACGGGGGACGAGCGUGCUCGUGCUGCACUUCGCGAGUGUGCUGACCCUAGCCGACUCGCGCGUGUUUAA